UUGUCUGUCAGGUGGGGGCCAUGGCGACGUACGUGAGCGAGCUAGAGGCGGCCAAGAAGAGCCUGAGUGAGGCGCUGGGCGAGAACGUGAAGCAGUACUGGGCCAACUUGAAGCUCUGGUUCAAGCAAAAGAUUAGUAAGGAGGAGUUUGACCUGGAAGCACGCAGGCUUCUCACGCAAGACAAUGUCCACUCUCACAACGAUUUCCUCCUGGCCAUUCUCACCCGGUGCCAGAUCCUGGUUUCUGCACCAGAAGGUGCUGGAUCUCUGCCAUGGCCAGGUGGCUCUGCAGCUAAGCCUGGAAAACCCAAAGGAAAGAAGAAGAUCUCUUCAGUUCGACAGAAGUUUGAUCACCGAUUCCAGCCUCAGAACCCACUGUCUGGAGCCCAGCAGUUUGUGGCAAAGGAUCCUCAGGAAGAUGAUGAUUUGAAGCUGUGCUCUCACACCAUGAUGCUUCCCACACGUGGCCAGCUGGAAGGAAGGAUGAUUGUGACUGCUUAUGAGCAUGGGCUGGACAAUGUCACAGAGGAGGCAGUGACCGCAGUGGUGUUUGCUGUGGAGAACCACCUGAAGGACAUCCUGAGCUCUGUGAUAUCCAGGAGGAAGGCCUAUCGUCUGAGAGAUGGCCACUUCAAGUAUGCCUUCGGAAGCAACGUCAGCCCUCAGCCCUACCUGAAGAACAGUGUUGUUGCUUAUAACAAUUUAAUCGAGUGCCCUCCAAGCUGCGUGACGCCAUCAGCCAGCCAGAGUCUGGCUCCUCAGCCCCUGCCUGAUGAUGCUGAGCAGCAGGCAGCUCUACUCCUGGCGUGCUCUGGAGACACCUUGCCAGCAUCCCUGCCUCCAGUGAACAUGUAUGACCUUUUUGAGGCCUUGCAGGUGCACAAGGAAGUUAUCCCUGCUCACACUGUCUAUGCUCUGAACAUUGAGAGGAUUGUCAUGAAACUCUGGCACCCAAACCACGAGGAGCUACAGCAAGAUAAAAUCCACCGCCAGCGCUUGGCAGCCAAGGAAGGCCUUCUGCUCUGCUAGAGAUGGGCAGCUGGAUGCAGGCCUCAGGUGGCUUUGGUGGUGCUCCUUGGAACUGACACUCAGGUGCUUCUUACAGACCUGUGUCAAUAUUGCAAGGGUGAUGUAAGUUAUGAGUCAGCUUUUCCUAUGGAAAUAUGACUGAGUUGUGGUACACUCCUCUGCCUCCCCAGAGGCACCUGCUGUGGAGUGUGUGCAGCAAUCCCACUGAGCUGGAAGGGAGAAACAAAAGAUCUGUUUGCAAAGACUUGGGGUUUGGGUGGGGUGUGUGUGUCUGUGGUGUUUGUUGG